UAGCUAGUACGUUACUUUUUGUUUGGUACAUAAUUAAUUGUUAUUGUAUAUUAAUAAGUGCAUUUCUAAACUUAAUUUUGGCCAUUAAUUGCAUUUAUAAAAGUUGAAACACUCAAAAAAACCUACAAAAAUAGAGUUUAAAAGGCAAACGUGCUCUUGCUUCCUACAAAAUUAAAUUACGUGCAAGAAGCUUAAUGGUUAGAUUCCCUUUCAACGGAAAACAUAACAAAGCAUGAUCUUCGUUUGACCAAAACCAGACGCCAAAUCCCUCAAACUGACAGAAUCAAAUUUAGUUGUUGCUAUAUAUUUCUUUAACGAUUCUUCACUAACUUGGCAGCCUUCUUAACAGGGUCAGACAAAACAUGGCGAAUGCCAUUCGGAAAGACAGCGUGGAACUAGCAGAGCUGGGAAGAAGCGCGACGUCGUCUUUGCAGGAUCACCUUUCUUCAAGCUUCAGCACUGCUUCACAUGCAGAGAACGAUGAUGAAGUGGAGCUGCAGUGGGCUGCAAUUGAAAGAUUACCCACUUUCAAGCGGAUUAGAACAUCGUUGUUCGAUAACAAGUUGAUAAAUGAUGGCAAAGAAGAGGAGGGCAACAGGGUAACAGACGUUACUAAGCUUGGAUCAUCGGAACGCCGUGUCUUUAUCGACAAACUGAUAACCAUAAUCGAAGAGGACAAUCUCAGGCUGUUAAAGAAACAAAAAGAAAGAAUAGCCAGGGUGGGGUUGGAAUGGCCAACUGUCGAAGUGAGAUUCAAGAAUUUGUCUGUUGAAGCAGAAUGUGAAGUAGUUCACGGAGAGUCCCUCCCUAGUCUUUGGAACACCAUUAAAAGCACAUUCUCUGCUAUGACAAACGUUAGUAGAUGCAUGUCCCAACCAAACAAAAUAAAAAUUCUCAAAGAUGUCAGUGGAAUCAUCAAGCCUUCCAGGAUGACCCUGUUGCUUGGCCCUCCAGGCUGUGGAAAAACUACUUUGUUAAAGGCGCUUGCAGCGAAGCUUGACCCAUCUCUCGAGGUCACAGGGGAAAUCUCUUAUAACGGUUUCAAGCUCACAGAGUUUGUUCCUCAGAAAACGUCAGCUUAUAUAAGUCAAUAUGACUUGCAUAUUUCUGAAAUGACUGUAAGAGAGACACUAGACUUCUCAGCACGUUGUCAGGGCAUUGGAGGCAGAGCGGAUAUUUUGAAAGAAGUCAGUAGACGGGAAAAACUACGUGGCAUCAUCCCUGAACCGGAUAUAGACACUUACAUGAAGGCAAUUUCAGUAGAAGGGUUAAAGAGAACGCUCCAAACAGACUAUAUAUUAAAGAUCCUAGGACUGGACAAUUGUGCUGAUACAAUUGUGGGAGAUGCAAUGAAAAGAGGAAUCUCUGGCGGUGAAAAGAGAAGGCUGACAACAGGGGAAAUGAUGAUUGGUCCAACCAAAGCUCUUUUUAUGGAUGAAAUAUCAACAGGCUUGGACAGCUCCACCACCUUUCAAACUGUUACCUGUCUACAGCAAUUGACCCACAUAACAGGGGCCACAAUUUUAAUUUCACUUCUUCAACCAGCCCCGGAGACCUUUGAUCUCUUUGAUGACAUCAUCUUAAUGGCGGAAGGAAAGAUUGUAUACCAUGGACUUAGGAGUAAUGUUCAAGAGUUUUUUGAACAUUGCGGCUUUAGGUGCCCACAGCGGAAAGGCCUCGCUGACUUCCUCCAAGAAGUGCUCUCCGAAAAGGAUCAAGCACAGUACUGGUAUCAUAUGGACCGACCUCAAAGUUAUGUUUCUACUGAUCAAUUCAUAGCUGCAUUCAAGGAGUUUCAUGCAGGACAGAAGCUAAACGAAGAACUUUGCACACCUUUCAACAAAGUUGAGAAUCACAAAAAUGCUUUGUCAUUUAGUAUCUAUUCACUGGGAAAAUGGGAAUUAUUCAAAGCAUGCUUGGCUAGAGAAUGGCUUCUCAUGAAGCGAAACUCAUUUUUUUAUGCGUUUAAAUCAGCACAGCUUGUUUUUUUGGCACUGGUAACCACGACAGCGUUUAUACGCACUCGGAUGAAAAUUGAUGAGCUCCAUGCAAGCGAAUACAUGGGUUCUUUAUUUUAUGGUCUUUUGAGACUUAUGAGCAAUGGAAUUGCAGAGUUGGCAUUUACUGGUUCAAGACUUGUCAUAUUCUACAAACAAAGAGAUUUGUAUUUCUAUCCUGCAUGGGCUUAUUCAAUUCCUUCAGCUGUUCUAAAGAUUCCAUUUUCAUUCGUGGAUGCUUUUCUCUGGACAUCUCUUGUAUAUUUCAUCAUUGGCUACAGUCCGGAACCAGAAAGGUUUUUCCGUCAACUUUUCCUCUUUUUCCUUCUUCAUCAAGCGGCGAUCUCACUUUUCCGUUUGAUUGCUGCGGUAGCUAAAAACCCACCUGUUGCGGCUAUUUUUGGUCAAUUUACCAUAUUGGUGGUAGCAUUGUUCAGUGGCUUCAUAAUACCCGAACCAUCAAUGCCGGCUUGGAUAAAAUGGGGCUUUUGGAUUUCCCCACUCACAUAUACAGAAAUAGGAAUCUCCAUCAAUGAAUUUCUGGCUCCAAGGUGGCAAAAGGAUUCACCUUCAAAUGAGACUUUAGGGCAUCAGUUUCUAAGAAGUCGUGGACUGAACUUCGGUGAAUACUUCUACUGGAUAUCAGUUGGAGCUUUAAUAGGAAUGUGGAUUCUUAUUAACAUUGGAUUCACCUUAGCCCUUAGUUAUUUAAAGCCUCCAGGGAGAUCUCGGGCUAUUGUUUCACAUCAAAGGUUCUCUUAUCUAAAGGGAAAAGAAGAUUUGAGCAAUUCCAUACAGGAAACACAACUGCCUGGUGCUGCUUCUUUGAAAGGUACUGCAAUAACACGAGUUACAAGGACGGUUCUACCUUUUGAGCCCGUAACACUAUCAUUUGAAAACGUGCAAUACAUUGUUGAUACCCCCAAGAAACUGAGAGAGCAAGGGUUCCCACAGAAGAAACUACAUCUUCUUCAAGAUAUUACUGGCGCAUUUAGGCCAGGAGUUCUAACAGCUUUGAUGGGUGCCAGUGGAGCUGGCAAGACAACACUGAUGGAUGUUCUAUCUGGAAGAAAAACUGGAGGCCAUACUGAAGGGGAUAUAAGAAUUGGAGGAUACCCCAAAGUCCAAGAGGCAUAUGCCAGAAUUUCUGGGUACUGCGAACAAACUGAUAUACACUCUCCGCAGAUUACAGUAGGGGAAUCAGUGAUGUACUCGGCUUGGUUACGCUUACCAGCAGAGGUUGAUAAGCAUAAAAGAUUGGAAUUUGUGGCAGAGGUUCUUCAAAUGAUUGAGCUUGAUGAAAUCAAAGAUGCUUUAGUUGGUGUCCCUGGUGUCAGUGGUAUAUCGUCAGAGCAGCGCAAACGGCUGACUAUAGCAGUAGAGCUUGUUUCUAAUCCAUCAAUAAUAUUUAUGGACGAACCCACCUCUGGUUUAGAUGCCAGAGCAGCUGCUAUUGUCAUGCGAGUGGUGAAGAAUAUAGUUAGUACUAGGAGGACAAUCGUCUGCACCAUUCAUCAGCCAAGCAUCGACAUAUUUGAGGCAUUCGAUGAGGUUAUUUUGAUGAAAAGGGGAGGGCAUAUAAUAUAUUCUGGAGAGCUUGGUGUGCACUCUAGUAAGCUAAUUGAAUACUUUGAGGGAAUACCAGGGGUGCCGAAAAUAAAAGAAAAUUACAAUCCAGCAACGUGGAUGUUGGCGGUCACAAAUCCUUCUGCUGAAGCUCAACUUGGAGUGGAUUUUGCCUAUCUCUACAAAGAAUCUCAUCUGUACCAGAGAAACAAGGAACUAGUCAAAGAGCUGAGUGUUCCAGCGGAGGGCUCAAAGGAACUACGUUUUUCUACGCGCUUCCCGCAAAAUGGAUGGGAGCAACUCAAGGCAUGCCUCUGGAAGCAACAUCUGUCCUAUUGGAGAAACCCCGCAUAUAUCUUGGGGCGCUUGAUGUUCACCACCGUAUCUUCCUUCUUAUAUGGAUCGGUUCUUUGGCAGAAAGGGCAGAAAAUAGAUAAUGAACAGGAUUUGUUCAACAUAAUGGGAUCAAUGUAUGUCUUCAUGAUAAGCACGGGAGUAAGCAACUGUGUAUCGAUUCUUCCAAUCAUAACUUCUGAGCGGAUUAUUGUGUACCGAGAAAGGUUUGCUGGAAUGUACUCGUCCAAGGCAUAUUCAUUAGCACAGGUGAUAAUUGAAAUUCCGUAUAUCUUCCUUGAAGCAGCAUUGUUCUUGAUAAUUACAUAUCCGGCAGUCAACUUCUACGGAUCAGCUUACAAAGUAUUUUGGUACUUCUAUGCCAAUUUUUGUACAAUGCUCAACUACAAAUAUUUAGGCAUGGUGAUUGUUUCUUUGACUCCAACUUACGAGGCGGCCUCAAUCUGUGCAAGUUACUCUGUCACGCUGCUGAAUUUGUUCUCCGGUUUUCUCAUACCGGGACCUCAAUUGCCUAAAUGGUGGGUGUGGAGCUAUUGGAUUGACCCAAGUUCUUGGACAUUGAGAGGUCUCCUCACUUCACAAUACGGAGAUAUAAAGCAGGAAAUCAUAGCAUUUGGGGAGCGCAAAACUAUCAGGGCCUUCUUAGAGGGCCGCUAUGGCUUCAAACAUCACGAUUUAUCCAUCACAGCUUUUUUACUAAUUGCUUACCCACUUUUCUUUGCCUUUGUUUUUACAUAUUUUAUGGCUAAGCUAAACUUUCAGAAGAGGUAAACACAUGCUAGCCUCUGAAUUCUCAUGCAUCUUCUGUAAACUUACCUUGAAAUUUAUUAUC